AGGGGAGGAGGCGGCGGCGGCGGCGGAGGAGGAGGCGGUGCUCGCGCCGGGCGGUAGAGCAGCGCUGGGACCCGUGCGGCCGUGACCCCCGGCUCCCUCGAGGCCCAGCGCAGCCGCAGCGGACAAAGGAGCAUGUCGGCGCCGGGGAGGGCCCGUCCUCCGGCCGCCAUGAGGCUCCGGGCGCCGCUGAGCCCGCGCCGCGCUCCUGCCCGCCCGGACUUCGGGGCGGCCCGCUAGGCCAGUGCGCCGCCGCUCUCCCCGCAGGCCCCGGCCCGCAGCAUGGAGCCACCCGGACGCCGGCGGGGCCGCGCGCAGCCGCCGCUGCUGUUGCAGCUCUCGCUGUUAGCGCUGCUAGCGUUGCUGGGAGGUGGCGGUGGCGCCGCGGCGCUGCCCGCCGGCUGCAAGCACGAUGGGCGGCCCCGAGGGUCUGGCAGAGCGGCGGGUGCCGCCGAGGGCAAGGUGGUGUGUAGCAGCCUGGAGCUCGCGCAGGUCCUGCCCCCAGAUACUCUGCCCAACCGCACGGUCACCCUGAUUCUGAGUAACAAUAAGAUAUCCGAGCUGAAGAAUGGCUCAUUUUCUGGGUUAAGUCUCCUUGAAAGAUUGGAUCUCCGAAACAAUCUUAUUAGUAGUAUAGAUCCAGGUGCCUUUUGGGGACUGUCAUCUCUAAAAAGAUUGGAUCUGACAAACAAUCGAAUAGGAUGUCUGAAUGCAGACAUAUUUCGAGGACUCACCAAUCUGGUUCGGCUAAACCUUUCGGGGAAUUUGUUUUCUUCAUUAUCUCAAGGAACUUUUGAUUAUCUUGCCUCAUUACGGUCUUUGGAAUUCCAGACUGAGUAUCUUUUGUGUGACUGUAACAUACUGUGGAUGCAUCGCUGGGUAAAGGAGAGGAACAUCACAGUACGGGAUACCAGGUGUGUUUAUCCUAAGUCACUGCAGGCCCAACCAGUCACAGGCGUGAAGCAGGAGCUGUUGACAUGCGACCCUCCACUUGAAUUGCCAUCUUUCUACAUGACUCCAUCUCAUCGCCAAGUUGUGUUUGAAGGAGACAGCCUUCCUUUCCAGUGCAUGGCUUCGUAUAUUGAUCAGGACAUGCAAGUGUUGUGGUAUCAGGACGGGAGAAUAGUUGAAACUGAUGAAUCGCAAGGUAUUUUUGUUGAAAAGAACAUGAUUCACAACUGCUCCUUGAUUGCAAGUGCCCUAACCAUUUCUAAUAUUCAGGCUGGAUCUACUGGAAAUUGGGGCUGUCAUGUCCAGACCAAACGUGGGAAUAAUACGAGGACUGUGGAUAUUGUGGUGUUGGAGAGUUCUGCACAGUACUGUCCUCCAGAGAGGGUGGUAAACAACAAAGGUGAUUUCAGAUGGCCCAGAACGUUGGCGGGCAUUACUGCAUAUCUGCAGUGUACGCGGAACACCCAUGGCAGUGGGAUAUAUCCCGGCAACCCACAGGAUGAGAGAAAAGCUUGGCGCAGAUGUGAUAGAGGUGGCUUUUGGGCAGAUGAUGAUUAUUCUCGCUGCCAAUAUGCAAAUGAUGUCACUAGAGUUCUUUAUAUGUUUAAUCAGAUGCCUCUCAAUCUUACCAAUGCCGUGGCAACAGCUCGACAGUUACUGGCUUACACUGUGGAAGCAGCCAACUUCUCUGACAAAAUGGAUGUUAUAUUUGUGGCAGAAAUGAUUGAAAAAUUUGGAAGAUUUACCAAAGAGGAAAAAUCAAAAGAGCUAGGUGACGUGAUGGUUGACAUUGCAAGUAACAUCAUGUUGGCUGAUGAGCGUGUCCUGUGGCUGGCGCAGAGGGAAGCUAAAGCCUGCAGUAGGAUUGUGCAGUGUCUCCAGCGCAUUGCGACCUACCGGCUAGCCGGUGGAGCUCAUGUUUAUUCAACAUAUUCACCCAAUAUUGCUCUGGAAGCUUAUGUCAUCAAGGCUACUGGCUUCACGGGGAUGACCUGUACCGUGUUCCAGAAAGUGGCAGCCUCUGAUCGUACAGGACUUUCGGAUUAUGGGAGGCGGGAUCCAGACGGAAACCUGGAUAAGCAGCUGAGCUUUAAGUGCAAUGUUUCAAAUACAUUUUCGAGUCUGGCACUAAAGAAUACUAUUGUGGAGGCUUCUAUUCAGCUUCCUCCUUCCCUUUUCUCACCAAAGCAAAAAAGAGAACUCAGACCAACUGAUGACUCUCUUUACAAGCUUCAACUCAUUGCAUUCCGCAAUGGAAAGCUUUUUCCAGCCACUGGAAAUUCAACAAAUUUGGCUGAUGACGGAAAACGACGCACUGUAGUUACCCCUGUGAUUCUCACCAAAAUAGAUGGUGUGAAUGUAGAUACCCACCACAUCCCUGUUAAUGUGACGCUGCGUCGAAUUGCACAUGGAGCAGAUGCUGUUGCAGCCCGGUGGGAUUUUGAUUUGCUGAACGGACAAGGAGGCUGGAAGUCAGAUGGGUGCCAUAUACUCUAUUCAGAUGAAAAUAUCACUACAAUUCAGUGCUACUCCCUUAGUAACUAUGCAGUUUUAAUGGAUUUGACAGGAUCUGAACUAUACACCCAGUCGGCCAGCCUCCUGCAUCCUGUGGUUUAUACUACUGCUAUCAUUCUCCUCUUAUGUCUCUUAGCCGUCAUUGUCAGUUACAUAUACCAUCACAGUUUGAUUAGAAUCAGCCUCAAGAGCUGGCACAUGCUUGUGAACUUGUGCUUUCAUAUUUUCCUAACCUGUGUGGUCUUUGUGGGAGGAAUAACCCAGACCAGGAAUGCCAGCGUCUGCCAAGCAGUUGGGAUAAUUCUUCACUAUUCCACCCUUGCCACAGUACUAUGGGUAGGAGUGACAGCUCGAAAUAUCUACAAACAAGUCACUAAAAAAGCUAAAAGAUGCCAGGAUCCUGAUGAACCACCACCCCCACCAAGACCAAUGCUCAGAUUUUACCUGAUUGGCGGUGGUAUCCCUAUCAUUGUCUGCGGCAUAACCGCAGCAGCGAACAUUAAGAAUUAUGGCAGUCGGCCAAAUGCACCCUAUUGCUGGAUGGCGUGGGAACCCUCCUUGGGAGCCUUCUACGGGCCAGCCAGCUUCAUCACUUUUGUAAACUGCAUGUACUUUCUGAGCAUAUUUAUUCAGUUGAAAAGACACCCUGAGCGCAAAUAUGAGCUUAAGGAGCCCACGGAGGAGCAACAGAGAUUGGCAGCCAAUGAAAAUGGAGAAAUAAAUCAUCAGGAUUCAAUGUCUUUGUCUCUGAUUUCUACAUCAGCCUUGGAAAAUGAGCACACUUUUCAUUCUCAGCUUUUGGGGGCCAGCCUUACUUUGCUCUUAUAUGUUGCAUUGUGGAUGUUUGGGGCUUUGGCUGUUUCUUUGUAUUACCCUUUGGACUUGGUGUUUAGCUUCGUUUUUGGAGCCACAUGUUUAAGCUUCAGUGCGUUCUUCAUGGUCCACCAUUGUGUUAAUAGGGAGGACGUUAGACUUGCGUGGAUCAUGACUUGCUGCCCAGGACGGAGCUCGUAUUCAGUACAAGUCAAUGUCCAGCCCCCCAACUCCAGCGGGACAAAUGGAGAGGCGUCCAAGUGCGCCAAUAGCAGUGCGGAGUCUUCAUGCACAAACAAAAGUGCUUCAAGCUUCAAAAAUUCCUCCCAGGGCUGCAAGUUAACAAACUUACAGGCGGCUGCAGCUCAGUGCCAUGCCAAUUCUUUACCUUUGAACUCCACCCCUCAACUUGAUAAUAGUCUGACAGAACAUUCGAUGGACAACGAUAUUAAAAUGCACGUGGCUCCUUUAGAAGUUCAGUUUCGAACAAAUGUGCACUCAAGCCGCCACCAUAAAAACAGAAGUAAAGGACACCGGGCAAGCCGACUCACAGUCCUAAGAGAAUAUGCCUACGAUGUCCCAACGAGCGUGGAAGGAAGCGUGCAGAACGGCUUACCUAAAAGCCGGCUGGGCAAUCACGAAGGACACUCAAGGAGCCGAAGGGCUUAUUUAGCCUACAGAGAGAGACAGUACAACCGACCCCAGCAAGACAGCAGUGAUGCUUGUAGCACACUUCCCAAAAGCAGCAGAAAUUUCGAAAAGCCAGUUUCAACCAGUAGUAAAAAAGAUGCGUUAAGGAAGCCAGCUGUGGUUGAACUUGAAAAUCAGCAGAAAUCUUAUGGCCUCAACUUGGCCAUUCAGAAUGGACCAAUUAAAAGCACUGGGCAGGAGGGAUCCUUGCUGGGUACCGAUAGCACUGGCAAUGUUAGGACUGGACUGUGGAAACACGAAACUACUGUUUAACGUUGCUGGGCUUCCUAGGCAGAAAUUCAUAGAAACUGUGAUAUUCACAUUCCUUCAAGCUAUGAACAUUUAAAAACUGUUUACAGCCACCAUAGGGAUUCAAAAGAAUUUGGAAUAAACUUUGAAGUUUUGGAUUUUACUUAUUUUUAUCCCCAAAUUGUUGCUAUGUUUUAGGAUGUGAAAUAAAAUCUUUCUAAAACAUGGUUUUCGUUGUCGAAGCACCAACAGGACAUUUUGGGAUCUGAAAUGUAAUUUCUUAGAAUCUGUACUUAACAUUUCAGGCUUGUAUUUAAUAUAAUAAAUAGGUGUUUGUUAUUGUGUCAA